AUGGAAGUAGCUUAAGAGACUAAAAUUGUAGUUCCUGAUAAAUAAACUAUAGAGGAAAAACUAUUUUAAAACAAGAAGAGAACUUAUUAAAUGUUUUUGGGUCAGGUUGAUGAGAGAGUCCCUGAGUAAGAGGAUAUUGUCAGAUAAAAGUUUGAAGGGAAAAUAAAAAAAUACUAUACUGAUAUCGGAAAGGUGCCAGGCAUUUUAACAGAGGAAAACAAAAGGCGCAAGAUUCUUAAGGAUCUAGGCAUUUCUGAAAAAAUUGAGGAGUAAAAAGUAAAAAUAACAGAAGAGAUCAAAGAGUCUGAACCAAAGAUAGAAGAUGUUACUGGACAAUUGCCAGCAACUACAGCUAUAUCUAAUUAGGCUUUGAAUAGCAUUUAAAAAGAGUAAAAUGAUGUGCUAAAGAUGAUUCCUGAGAAGUACAGAGUAAAGGGGGAGCAAAGUCAAAGCAACUCUACAGCAGUUAGUUUAGUUAAUGCACUAUCAAACAAUUAAAAUGCAAUCGCUUUAAGGCAGAGAAAGAUAGUCCAUCCAUAAUGGCAUGCUCCUUGGAAACUUAUGAGAGUUAUUAGUGGGCAUAUGGGAUGGGUAAGAUGUUUAGCUGUCGACCCAAUGAAUAGAUUCUUUGUGACUGGAUCUAAUGAUAGAACGAUUAAAUUCUGGGAUCUAGUAGAAGGAAAAUUGAUGGUUACCCUCACAGGCCACAUUAAUACUGUAAGAGGACUUGCAGUAUCUGAUAGACAUCCCUAUCUCUUUUCAUGUGGAGAGGACAAGAAAGUGCUCUGUUGGGAUCUCGAAUAAAAUAAAGUAGUGAGGCAUUAUCAUGGACAUUUAAGCGGAAUCUAUUCUUUAGCUCUGCAUCCUGAACUUGAUCUACUUGUCACUGGAGGUAGAGAUGCAACUGCCAGAGUCUGGGAUAUGAGAACUAAAGCUUAGAUUCACUGUCUAGGAGGUCAUUCUAAUACUGUAGAGGAUAUAAUUUGCUAAGCAGAUGAGCCUCAAAUUAUUACUGGCUCUCAUGACAAGACUGUAAGACUUUGGGACAUCAGGACUGGUUCAACAAUAAAAACUCUAACCCAUCACAAAAAAGGUGUCAGAUCAAUUGUAAUGCAUCAUGAUGAGUAUACAUUUGCCUCAGGAGGUUCAGAUAAAAUUCGUGUUUGGAAACUUCCAGAGGGUGAUCAGCUCAGAAAUAUUCCUGAUCAUAAUACUGUCGUUAAUUCUCUAGCCCUUAAUAAGGAUAAUGUCCUUGUAUCUGGCGGAGACAAUGGAACUUUGUAUUUCUAUGACUGGGCUAGUGGUCACAAUUUCCAACAAAUAAAAACUCCAGUCUAGCCUGGUUCACUCAGCUGCGAAGCAGGUAUAUUUGACAUUAAGUUUGACAGAAGUUCUUUGAGAAUGAUUACAGCUGAGUGUGAUAAAACUAUCAAAAUCUAUAAAGAAGACGAAGAAGCCACUCAGGAAACUCACCCUAUUAUUUUCAAUAAUCAGAAUUACUGA